AUGACAAAAUUGCUUAUCACUGUUGGGGUAUGGGCUUAUGUACUUGCUCUCGCAAAUGCAAUUGAAUACAUUACGGUGACUUAUGAUGAUGGAUCUACUUCAAGUUCCUCAAGUGGAUACAUAACGGUAACCUACGAUGAUGACCCUACUUCAAGUUCCUCAAGUGGAUACAUCACAGUAACUUACGAUGACGACCCUACUUCAAGUUCCUCAAGUGGAUACUUAACAGUAACUUACGAUGACGACCCUACUUCAAGUUCCUCAAGUGGAUACAUAACAGUAACUUACGAUGACGACCCGACUUCAAGUUCCUCAAGUGGAUACAAAACGGUAACUUACGAUGACGAUCCAACUCUAACACCUUCUUCAAAAACUGGUAGCAGUGAUUCUCGAGGCAGUGGUACCACUCCCGUUCCCUCAAAAGCUAGUAGAAGUGAUUCCCCGGGCCGUUUUACCACCCCUGUCCCUCCUAAAAGCGGCUCUAGUCACAGUAUCGCAAAUGGAAACUCUGAUCAUUGGGUAAGGUCUAGUAGCACUUAUCCUAGUGGGGGCUAUCUUGGAGGCUCUGGUACUACUCCCACUCCUCCAGGUGGAAAUAGAACACAGACUAUUUCUAUUGCUACUUCUUUUGAUGCAGGCGCCAAUAUCUUUGAGCCUAUGCUUGGUACAACAAUAGGAACUAUUGCCAUUAUUAUUGCAAUGUUGCUUUAA